AUGACGCGCAAAAGGGCAUGCAUUGGAACUUAUAAGAGAUCAUUAAAGUCAAUGAUGAGAGGAUUUGAAUUCUGCAGGCCAGUUGUCGUUGUUGGUGCUUUACAUCAGAGUGGAACUUAUCAAGGUACAUUUGUGUCUGCUAGUACACUCGAUGGAGCAGGUUGCAUAUUGCCUUUAACGUAUGGAAUUGUUGACACGGAAAAUGAUUGUUCAUGGACAUGGUUCUUUCAACAAUCUAAGAAUGCAUUUGGUGAGAGGGAAAAAAUAUGUGUUGUAUCUGACAGAAAUGAAAGCAUCAAGAAAGGUGCUAAGGCUUAUAGAAAAGAUGAUUUUAAAAAAUUGACGGCUAAAUUGGAUAAAAUAGAUGGAAGAGUAAAAAAGUACCUUCAAGAUGCUGGGUAUGAAAGGUGGUCUAGGUCUCAUGCAACAGUGAACCGUGGGAGAAUGAUGACUUCAAAUAAAGCUGAAUGUAUCAAUGGUUGCCUUGUUGAUGCACGACAACUAACUAUUAUAGAUUUAUUGGAGGAAGUUAGAAUUCUAUUUGGUUCUUGGAAUUGCAAAAAUAGAGAAAUAGCUUCUUACACAAAGAAAACAUUAGGUAAAAGAUUUGAAGAAAUAUUAAUUUUAAACGCAUCAAAAAGUUCAAAAAUGAAGGUUGUUGUAUCUUCUGAGUUUAUUUUUUUCAGUGUAUGA